UCCUCUUUGCUGGUUAUUCCAAGUUUCCAACCGAUACGCCAAACUCUCUUGCGUCUACUUUGCCAACUUCAUCCCACUUCCCAUCACAACUUUCACGAUGGCUGCUAAGACUUUCCCCGCCGGUAUCCACGUGCCGAGUUUGACCUGGUUUGGCAACGAUGCCAGCCAAGAGAUCGACUGGGACGUGCAGACCAAGCACCUGGAGUUCCUGGUGAAGUCUGGCCUCCACGGAGUGGUACUUGCCGGAACCAACGGUGAGGCUGUUACCCUCACCAACGAGGAGAAGACCAGACUCGUCCAGGCCACAAGAGAGGUUGCCGUCAAGGCCGGCCGCCCCGACCUCACCAUCACCAUGGGCUGCGGUGGCCAGUCCACUCGCGCUGUCAUCGACGAGACCAAGCUCGCCAAGGCCGCUGGCGCUGACUACGCCCUCGUUCUCGUCCCCAGCUACUUCCACUUCGCUAUGAACGAGGAGGCCAUCGUCGGCUUCUUCGAGGAGCUCGCCGACGCCAGCCCCAUCCCCAUCAUCAUCUACAACUUUCCAGGUGUCGCUGCCGGCCUGGACGUCAACUCUGACAUGCUCUCUCGCCUGGGCAAGCACGCCAACAUCGUCGGUGUCAAGCUCACCUGCGGUGGUAUCGCCAAGGUUGCCCGCGUCCGCGCCGAGUUCGACCCCUCCGAGUUCUUCGCCCUCGCGGGUCAGAGCGAUUGGCUCGUGCCCGCCAUGUCUGUCGGCAGCAACGGUACCAUCACCGGCGUCGCCAACCUUUUCCCCAAGUACUGCAUCAAGAUCUUUGACCUCUACAACGCCGGCAAGAUCCAGGAGGCAUCCGCUGCUCAGCUCAAGCUGGCUCAGAUGGAGUGGGCUUUCGGCAAGGGCGGCAUCAACGGCACCAAGUGGGUUGUUGCCAAGUCGCACGGAUACCCCUUGACCAGUUGCCACUGCAGACGCCCCUACCCUCAGUACACCGACGAGAAGAAGCAGGCCUGGAUAUCGGACUUGGUUGCGCCUUUGGCUGUCGAGGAGGCCAAGCUCAACUAGAGAGCUGGUUUGAGUUCAUUUGCGGGGCUACGACUACGUUUUAUGAAGUGGUGCAUAUAAUGGCAUGGACAGGCGUUUAGGUAACUUUGGUUAGAAU